GGAAAUGAAUGCCUCGCUGUCGUCAUAGUGACCACCACGCCACUAUGGGCCCGAUCAUCUCGGCAACCCCACAAACUCUCAAACCAUCAAUUCUGACUCUGGGUGCAUGAAGGUUUAAGAGAGAGUGUUUGUCUCUCAUGUAGGGUCUUACUGCAUUGUUAUAGCUUGUUAUUAGCCAACAGGGAGGUCUGUUGGGAAAUCUGCUCUCUGAGUGGAGAGGGAUGCGAAGGGGAAAUGACAUUGGAGCAGAGCCGAGUAAGGGUGGUGGUGUUGAGACAGAGUUAGGUGUGGAACAUUGGCUGCACUGUGUGGGGAAAAAUCACAUUAUUGACUUGACUGCAAGGACUGCAGAAACUAUUAAAACUAUAAGUCGAUAAUUACCCCAGCAAUUUAGCAACGCACUCAUGAAUCUGGGAACUGGGACCAAUUUAAAAAAAAAAAAAAAAGAGUUGUCAAAAUUGAUGCAGCAGAGGCUGAGAAACUGAAUUUUAGUCUCUAAUAUGGAUCAAGCUCCAAAAACAUUGGAUCCUACAUUUCCCAUAAUGCAAUUCAGUAGCGUCUUUCAUUACACCCUCCAUGCCUGGUUAAUGCUCUGUCCUGCAGGCUUUCUGUUAAAAAUAAGAAAUUGUAACAAAAUAAAGAAAUAGUUGAAAAUUGAUAACACUCUCAUGUCCGUAUAGUAAAUAUGAUGCUAGAGCCAGGAAGCCGUUGGCCUAGCUUAACAUAAAGACAGGAAACAGGGGGAAACAGCUAGCCUGGCUGUGUUCAAAAUACAAAAAUACAACACCUCUAAAGCUCACAAAUUAACCCAAUGUAUAAUUUGUUUAAUCCCUACAAUAACAGAAAUGUAAAAACAAUUAAUGGUUACUAUUUCUUGAAGAACAACAGUUUUUCAGUUCGCCCAGCACGUUUGUGCAAAAUGGUUACAGCACCUAACUUCCUGUACAACCACAAAUUGUCAUUUUUACAUUUGUUGGUGGAUGGAUUCAACAAAUGAGACACAAUGUGUUAAUUAGGAAACUUUAAAGGUGCUGUUAGGCAUAUGUUUUACUAUUGGACAGAGCCAGGCGUAAGCGUAUUUCACAAAAUGUCACACUAUUUCUUUAAGACUCCCAGCCAAAACCAAGGAAGAGAUCACCUUGGGGUCUGGGAAAUUGUGACGGGCAUUUUUCAAGAUUUUCUGAUACUUUUAUACUGAACAAUUAAUCAAUUAUAAUCAAUAGAUUAAUAAAUAUUGAAAAGAAUCAUCAUUGGAGCACUAACCAGAAGCUGCUAUAAUAUUUCUUUCUUCAAGGAAAAGACAUUUCAGUCUGCUAAAGGAAGUUUUCUUUUGCUGAAACAAAUCUGCAGCCAAAACAUUGAGCUAAUCUUUGAUUUUUAUCAAUAUCCUCAGCCUUACCGGCUCCCCUCUCAUCCCCUUUUUAAAGCACUGCGUCUACAUGUAUUGCAGCUCAUGUAGCGAUGGUCAUAUCCAGUAAAAGAGGAACAAUAUUGUUUCUCUGGUCGAUAUCCUGUAGGGAGUGUUGUCCAGGCCGUUAGAGCAUACAGGGGGCAUCAGAUAAGUCGGACUGCUGCUGUAGGUUUCUGUCAUCAACAGGUCGUGCUUGGCUGAACUGAGGAGUUUAGACGCUCCCUCUGUGUGUUUACCAAGCUAGAGGUGCUCAUUAUGGACGGCCUGUGAGAGUGUGUGUGUGUGAGGGGUGAAGGUGGCAGGGGGAGGGGCAGGGGGCCAGUAUUAAGAUUUGGAGUGGAGGUUUAGGGGCUUCGUGGGUCAACAGGCCCUCAGACCAUUGGAGAGAGGGGUCGUGCUUCUUGGGCUCUGGUCUAUAUGUAUGUGUGUGUGUGUGUGUGUGAGGAUAGUCCAGGGGGUCUCUAUUAUUGUAUUGGUGUGGAGAAGGGGGUGGUGUCAGCAGGACCCCAUGCUGCCGGGACCAGUCCCUGUCUUUAAAGAGGGACGAGAAUUGGUCGACACAUUUGCAUUAGUGCGUGAGACUGAGGGCCUAUUGUCUCGCGUGUGUUUUCCUUAUGGGACACAUGGCCUGUCCUGAGCUAUAACUGCUUUCUGAAAUUAUACACCUCCGAGCUUUGGUUCCCAACCUGGGGGUCGCGACACCCAUGAUGGGUCACAAGAUGAAUCUGACGGGUCCUAAGAUAAGAACAAAAGUUGUGUUUAUUUUGCCCAACUUUCCUCUAAUCUUUGCUAUUUUUCUUGUAAAGUAUUAGAUAAUUUUAGUUCCUCAGGCCUCUAAAAAGUUUUUAUUAAAACAAGUAAAACAAUAGGGCUGGGUAUUAAACAUGGAUUCUUUUUAAGUACCAACCAAAAAGCUUUUGAUACUCUGUAGAAUUGAGUAUCGGAAACUGUAUUGUGUGUGAAGUUGGAAUUGAAUAUGUGGUCAGAUCCUUAUCUUUAGUCUUUGCUCAAAUAUGUCCUGUUGUAAAUCAUAAUCUUUUAUUUAGUCAAAGUUCUUGUUCGGCCGCUUGUGUUAAGGGAUUUAGUAUUGCACUUCCAUAAAGUUGAGGGACUCACAAGAGACAUUAAAAUUAAGGAAUGGUCACAAUCAAAGCUGAAUUUAACUUCCUGUAUGAGUCAAGCUCCAAAAACCAUUCUACAAUUACCACAAUGCAACUCAGUAGUGUCUUGAAUUAAACCCUCUCCGGGCUCCUAAAUUCCCCACGCCUCCUCUACAUAAUGUAGAGUUAUUUUUUAAAACUUUGGAAAGUUCCCCCAGAGGCACAGAAAGCAUUAUACAAAACUGUUGACUGUGACGAGUAAACUGAACUUAAUUUGUAAAAUCAAUGGAGUGUGCCUUUAAAUACAGAUGCACUGAAAAGUUUGUUUUGCUUAAUUAAAAAAAGUGGAUUUGUAGAAAAACAUUAAGGGAUUAAAAAAGUAUAAUCUUGGUAUGGAUACUGAAACUCGAAUAUAUCUAAACAUUUGAAACGAUAACCAGCCUUACAAGUCAUUUAAGGAAUCACAAGUGUAGAGUGUAGCUCAUCUGUGUCCAUUUUCACUGAUGUUCAUCUUGAAUUCCACUUCUGACAUUUUGUGUGCUCAUUCUGUCCAGCCUUUCUCUGAUCUGGGACACAAUGAGUGGUGCAGUGUCUCGCAGUGGACGAGGAGCUUUUGUUUGAGCUGGCUCCCGGCCUAUUGAUCAGCCGUAACACCCCCCCCCCACUGUAAAGUGUGUGUACGUGUGUGAUCUCUGGAGCUGUGCACUAACAGCAGCAGUUCAGCUGCCUGCUGAGUGUGCAGCAGACGAACACACACAAAAGGUGUUGCCAGCACUACAAGCGUUAUGGGCUCAAGCUAAAAGUUUAAUUUCAGAACGAGAGAGGAAGAGGCAAAAAUGAAACAUGGGGAAAAGAUAAAAGAAGGGAAAGAAAAAGAAGAAAAAGGAGAAGAGACACUUAAUGUGGAACUCCCAGCUCCUUGUAAUUUGCUGCAGGAGAGAGGGAGGAGGAGUCAGGGGGAGGGGAAUACCCAGCAGGGAGGGAGCAGUAGAGAGCAGAGGCCAUUCACUCUGACACACACACUCACAUGCAAACACACACAUGAACACUUUUAGACACACACAUAUACGCAGUGGAUGUGUUGCCAGAGGAGAGAGGGAGAGAGGCAUUCAGAAAGAGGAGCAGACAGAGGAGAUCCUCAGCAAAAUAAAGUGAGGGAAAGAAAAAGACAGAACACAUCAGCCAGAGAUCACCAGUGUGUGUGUGUGUGUGUGUGUGUGUUCAGGAGAAAACACAGCCUGAGAGUGUAUGCUCCUGUGUAUUUUGAAGGAGCGGACUGCAUAUUUUCUCCCAGGAGAAAGGAUUCACAAUGACUGGGAGAAUUUGGGAAAUCUAAGGGAAUUUUUCCAGGCUCUGCUGGGAAUACUGUUUGGAAUACUCUGGAUAUGUGACCUGCUCGGGAAAUCCUGUUUUUUCCCCCUUUAAACCUGCACCUCACUCAGCCUCAUUUACUCAAAUUUUCAUUGAAGGGGAGGCAAGCCACAAUGCCUACCGACGAUUAUAACUACCUACCUGAUGCAUUGCCUCCUCUUCCUGAAGUCCCGGACUCCGGCUCAGUCCUGAGCUCCGUUGACAUACCGGCCCGCUGCCUCCGCAACCCGGCCUUCCGCUACACCUCCUUGCGCUACUGCUCCGCCCUCAGCAUGGACUCCUCUCCCGACAGCGCCGAAAGGCCGAUCAGCUAUAGCUCCACCUCUUCCUCCGCUUCCUCCCGGGACAGUCACUGCUCGCUGGGCAGCCGCUCCGCCCUUGUCCCUACCCCUCACUGUAACCCUGUGACCUCAGACCGGGACUCCGGGGCAAUUCGGUUGGAACUGGUCCCGGCCCGGCAGCUGGGAUGCCGGGAGGAAGAUGAGAGAAAUGAUGGAGGGAUGGACACAGAGAGGGGACAAGGGAGACAGGGCAGUGGACAGACUCUGACAGAACAUUCAGAGCCUGAGCUGACCCCAGAUGGAGGAGAGCGGACAGGUCUGGUGCAAGGGCCCAGGACGUAUGUGGACCGGGUGGUGCAGGAGAUACUGGACACAGAGAGAACCUACGUCCAGGACCUGCGUAGCAUUGUAGAGGACUACUUGGAGUGUAUCAGUAACCAGUCUCGGCUGGCCCUAAGCUCUGAGGAUAAAGGCUCUCUGUUCGGCAACAUACAGGACAUCUACCACUUUAACAGGGACCUUCUUCAUGAUCUUGAGAAGUGCAAUAGUGACCCUGUGGCCAUCGCAGAGUGCUUCGUAUCCAAGAGUGAAGAAUUCCACAUUUAUACCCAGUACUGCACCAACUACCCACGGUCGGUGGCUGUGCUAACAGAGUGCAUGAGGAACAAGGCGUUGGCCAAGUUUUUCCGCGAGCGCCAGGAAUCUCUGAGGCACUCCUUGCCCCUGGGCUCCUACCUGCUCAAGCCAGUGCAGAGGAUUCUCAAGUACCACCUACUGCUGCAUGAGAUAGCCAACCACAUGGAGAAGGACACCGAGACCUACGAGGUUGUGCAUGAAGCCAUAGACACCAUGCAGAGAGUGGCCUGGCACAUCAACGACAUGAAGAGGAAACACGAGCACGCCGUUAGGUUGCAGGAAAUCCAGAGCCUGCUGACCAACUGGAAGGGCCCUGAUCUGAUCGGCUACGGAGAGUUGGUUCUGGAAGGAACGUUUCGUCUGCAGCGAGCCAAAAACGAGAGAACUCUUUUCCUGUUUGACAAGCUUCUGCUCAUUACGAAGAAACGAGAAGAAACGUACACGUACAAAGCUCACAUACUGUGCUGUAACCUGAUGCUGGUGGAAGUUAUUCCUAAAGAACCAUUGAGUUUCAGUGUGUUUCACUACAAGAAUCCCAAACUUCAGCACACAGUCCAGGCCAAAUCACAGCAAGAUAAGCGUAUGUGGAUCUUACACCUCAAAAGACUCAUACUUGAAAACCAUCCUGCCAAAAUCCCUGCCAAGGCUAAGCAAGCAAUUUUGGAGAUGGAUGCAAUGCAUCAUCCCGGGUUUCAUUACAGCCCUGAUGGAGACAAGAAGGAUUCCUCUCAGACCAAGGAGGGUCCUACCCCUCGUAGAGGGCGCAGGAAAGAACCUCUGUCCAAAUUAUUGAAGAAUGCCAAGCAAAAUGCUGCCAACACAGACGGCCAAAAGCGAACAAGUCUGGGUGCCACCCUGCUCUCACCAGUGUCCCAGCUGGCUUUGGGCACUAUCGGUCGCAGCCGCAGCCUCAUCAACCAAUCACAGGAGUCCCUGGACCCCGGUGACCACUAUGACCACAGUGACAGAGAAGAGGAGCCACAUCAGCAAGAUGCUGAUGAUGAAGAUGACAGUGGCCUGGGAGGUGGAAGGCGGCUGCGAGUUCCUGGAAAAAGCAGCAGGAAGAGGCUGAACCCUCAGGCAUCUGUCGAUAGUAUAGAACAGUGGAAAACCUUCAACAUGAGCUCUUCAGACCUACAGAGAGCCAGAGAAACCCUAGUGAGGGAAGGAAGUCACCACCCGCCGCUUCUCAGGACACCUCACGUGACGGAGGAACCUCCAGACUCCCCCAUUCCCUCUGUAAUAGUCACAGAAAGUGACCAUUCUGUAAGGAACAUCUGGGCAGACCACCGUGCUCGCAGGGCCAUGUUCCCCACCCGCCAGCGUACCAUGCAGCCUGAUGACGAGGACGAGGACAUCUACCAGAUGUUUGUCCCCACAGAGCCAAGCGGACCAGAACCACAGAGGCCCAUGGAGAGGUCAGAGGCCACCUCAUCACCCAAGACAGCUCGGCCCUGCAGCUGGCACGUCGAACAGGUGCCCACUGUGCAGAUUGACCCUCCACCCAAUGGGAGCAGAGUCCUGCGGAGGGCGAGCAGCGCAGGGGAGAAGGCUACGGAGGCUCGACAGAGUCCUGAUGAUGAGCAGCCCGGUCACAGCAAUUUGGAAGUGAUCCACACUGAAUCAUCCAGCAAUGACGUAUCUGGAUCAUCCUCAGCCGAGCAGCUGACAAUAGACGAUAUUGAAAAUGUGUAUGACAACAUCAGCUAUGAAGACCUAAAGAGCAUGGGCCUCAUCAGAAGAGACCCUGAGGAAAGCCAGUCACGGAAAGAAACUACAGAUGCACAGGGUUCUAAGGGCCAGUCAGCAAGGGUACCAAAUGCUCCAGAGGUUCCAGGGGUCAGAGAGCCUAUGAUUGAACCAGAGACUUCCUCAGAUAGCAACCGGUCCUCCACACAGGAGGGGAGGCCAUUUGGAGCAUAUGAGCUCAAGAUAGUAGAGGAGAACAUCUAUGACACCAUCUGCUUCAGGGAGCCCCCAUCAACAGAGGUUAAAGGAAUGAAUGAAGGCAACAAACAAAAACAAGAGAGGGACAGUCUGCUGGCCUCUGAACAAGACCUGACUGAAAGCCUUAGAGGGUUUGUAUCCGAGGAGAGCCUCCACUUUGGAGAGGAUGAAGGGCCAGACACCUCCCACCCUGUUCCAUGUUCCUCUGAGCCAGAUUAUUCCUCCUCAUCUGCCUCUGAGACUUUCUCUCAGCGCUCACAGAAAGGGGAUAAGAUGUCAGAGCAGGUCGAUGAGAUCUGGAACGACCUGGAAAACUAUAUCAAGAGCAAUGAGAAAAAAGCUGAUAGACUCCCUGCUGCGUUUCCUGUUAGUGCCAGUGAGUCACCUAAGAAGGCUUCCUCAGUCAAAAAUAGCCCUACAAAGAGCCCCCUUGUAAUAAGUCAUCAAGCAGCCAGCCCUCCAACCAAGAGUCCCCCAACACAUCAGGCUAAACCCCCACCUGUCACCUCCACACCGUCAUUCACCAUCCCAGUCAUCAACCUCCCUGACCUCCAAAGCGAAGGCACCACUACAGAAGAAAACCAUGACCCUGCUACUACAUCACGCCCCCUUCCUGUCACCCCAGAGCCCCUCCCAGGCACAGUGAAGAACAUUCGUAAAAGACUGGCUCGCCUCAGCAGCGGCAGCUUCCGCCUAGAGGAUGACGACCUGGUGGAGCUUCCUCAACGAAACAACCCUCAGAGAGAUAAUCCCCUCAAGGACCUUCAUAGCUUGUUUCCAGGGGAGCUGGCAGGUCUGGACUCACCCCUGGCCUCCUCCUCUCUCCUCCUGGGUGAGUCUGUGGACUUCCCACUGGACCUGAUGGAUAAAUCAAAGAGUCGGGUGUUCCUGAUGGCACGGCAGUAUAGCCAGAAGAUCAAGAAAGCCAACCAGCUGCUGCGCAUGAGGAGCAUGGACCCUGGAGACUCUUGUAGUCGGGCCAGAGCUGAGAAGAAGCAGAAAGACCUGGCAGCCAUCUUAGAAGAGAAGAAACAAGGGGGCGCUGCCAUAGGUGCAAGGAUAGCAGAGUACUCCCAGCUCUAUGACCAGGUAAUGUUUAAGGAUCCUCCUGGUCCAGCUGGUCAGACCUCCGCCACCCAACAUCACACCCAUCCAGGGCUGCCGUCUUCUCCGUCCAUGCCUGAGACCUGCCUAGAGGAGUACUGGCUCCACUCCACUUACAGCAACGGAGAGCUGGCCAGCUUCGUCUCCUCGUCCAGCGAGGUGGAGGAUGCUCGAGCAUCUUCUACCCCGCAUCGUAGACUUACCUCCUCCUCCUCCAUCCCUUCUCUCCAGACCUUCCCUCCCUCUCCCACCAGCCCGCCGUCCCAGAGAUGGAGCUCGUGCAUGUCACCGCCAAGCGAAAAAGAGGAGCAUGUGUACAGUUCGAUUAAGAGACAUCCUUCCUUUAACGCUCCAUCUUCGCCCUCUUCAAAGUCUUCUGCAUCCAGCCACUGUCAGUCAGUCAACUCUCUGGGCAGCCAGCAGCAGGAGAAGAACCAGUCUGGACUCAAAUGUAAUGGACCCACUGUGGACAGACUCCAUGGACCCAGUCUGGGUCGUGCUGGUCGGCAGAGUAGCCUCCCAGAGCGCUCUACCCAGGGACAGUCAGACCUCACUUUACACGAUGGUCAACAGGUGGUGGUCCUGAACCGGGCUUCUGCACUGAGCAUACUCAGCGCCACCCAGAACUACCUGGCUAAUUUUAAGGACAAUGGGGAAGAUGAUGAUGACUAUGUAGAGAUCCGCUCGGAGGACGAGAGCGAGCAGGAGCAGGACAGGUUGGCACAACGAAACGGCAGCUCAGCAGUCCUUUCCAAUCAGAACCGGGGUCUUGUCCACUCCCAGAGCCUGCCGUGCACACCGGUGCACUCCUGCGACCCGCUGAGGUCUCUGGACCGUGAGCAGCUGGAGAAGUACCUGUGGAGCGAGCCACAGCAGAGCCAACCCAAAAUCGUCCAGUCUCUGAGGGAGAAGUUUCAGUGUCUGAGCUCCAGUAGCUUUGCCUGAGUCUGUAUGACAACUAAAAGCCAAAUAUAUAUAAACAUACAGCAUAUAGCAACAAAAGGGACACUGCUGCUUUGCCCUGAAUGCCCUACAUCAUUCAACAUCAUAGUCCACAAACAAAAACAAAUAUUACACAAACAUAACACAUCUCUCAACAUAGAUCAGACGCAAUGUCUUUGAUUGCCGACAUAUUUGUAACAACUUAUGUGAACACCUAAACUCUUCAAUGUAUAAUACAUGAUAGGUUACUAUAAAUAGUCAAAAUGCCACAUCAAGGCCUGCAUGUGAGCUGCCUUAGCACUUCAACAAACUUUAAACAGUCUUCUCUUGUAUGUUUCAAAGGGAUCUGGUGGGGGAAAGUUAGCAAUAUUUAAAUGAAUUCAGACUCCUUUAUUGCUUUAUGUGUGAGCCUUGUAGAGAUAAUUGGAGUCAUAGGAAUUGAUUCUGCUGGAGGAUUUGUGCCAAUAAACUAUUGUAGAGAUACAGUAGUUCAGGAUAUCUGUUACCGAUUGUUAGAAAUAGAAUCUCCUCUGUGCCCAACAUCUCAAACCGAAGUACAAGCAUCAAAACUCUGAUGAUGUUUGGUGGAUCUUGACUCAACAUGUCAGGAGUACCGCUUUUUCUUUUAAUUUGCUGUUAAGGGUAUUUUAACUGCAUUUUCAGAACUAGUUAAUCUUAACCUGUAUAGGAGUGGUUAACCACAGUGGUGGCUAGUGUUUUUAAUUGUGCUUACAUUAUCAAACAGUUCUGAACAAGCAGCAGUUAAAAAUUUGCAAUCUUCAGAUUUGCUACUCAGGCUAGAUUGUCACUUUUAACAGCUUUUUCGCAACAAUUGUAACAAAAACAAUGCAAGUGUAAAGAAAACAGGUUGGCUAUUAUAAGAUCCAAUAGGUUAAGUAUAACUAGACUUAGACCUGUAAGUCUAUUUGAAGUUAUUGUAUUUCACACUACCCACCACCUUUGUCAUCAAUAGGGUAGCACGCUUUAAAAUCAAGAGAAGAUGCUGAUAUUUUAGAUAAUCUCUAGAUAAUCUAUAAGAAACCAUAGGACUAUUUAUUUUGAAUCUGUGAGUAAAUCAGAGAUGUUUUUAUGUGUUAUGGUCUGGGGGAAAUCAUCAUGUAGAGUGAAAUGUGCAUCUCAACAAGUGGAUGAUGAAUUUUUCUCUUUUAAAAAAAAAUCAUACUCAUUUUAACCUUUGUUUUUAAGAGGGACCACGAAGGAGAGUGUUAAGGAAAGAUAGUUAAAAGACUACAGUACUGUAUUUGGUGUAUAUUUUUUUCAAAUGGAUAGUCAAAUCUUUGUUUACGUUUUGGGACACUGUCACACUACUGAUAUUGCAUCCCAGUCACAGAAAGAAGGUCACAGUCACAGAUAGUUGUCAGUCACUUCAGUAAGGUUCAUACAACACAAUUGUUUUCUCUCCAAUUGAAGCAUACCCAGUAUUUACCACACACUUGUUGAAACUGUCUUUACAAAAAUCACUAAAUGUGUCCUAUUUAUUUGAAAGCAUCCCUGUUAUUUUGGCCCUUAUCACUAUUACUUCAAGCCACAGACAAGAUGUAAGAUAACGUAAAAUGUAUUUAUUAAAAUAUUUUUUAUUCAGAUUCAGGGGUGCAGACAAAAUUUGAAUCAAAUACUGUGAAUAUUUUCAGAAGUGGGUUUUCUAUCACGCACUGCUUGAUACAAGUUCCAAAUCACAAUAACAUGUGAAAAGUUGAAAAGCACAAUAUCACGGGCCUACUGUUCAUAUCAGGAAAUGUGCAUCAAAAGCAAGUUAGGAAUAUGAAGUAUGUUGUUUUUUUUCCAUUGUACAUUUUUGUCCUCUGUUUCACUGGUGGGGACCGUCAGUCUUCAUUGACUCUGUUUUGCACUUUUCUGUCUUUUUUACAUUUUAUUUGUAAACACUUUGUAAAGAUGUACAUUUUAGGAAAGUUAUUCUUGUAUGCCAUAGGUAUGCUUUAUAAUGCUUUAAUGUUUAAGUUAAGUGUACUGUAUUUUUUUAACUGCCUAGUUGUCAUUGCUCAACAAUGUAUUGGAGGUAAUAAAUUCAGAUUAAACUCA